AUGGUCCUAGGACUUUGGGUGAAGCUCAGGAGGCGGGGUUCUAAGCCAUGUCCAUUCUGCAAUGUCACAGAUGGACCCAAUUUCAAGGUUGUCACGGAGGAUGAAAAGUAUACCAUGUUCGUUGAUAGGACACCGGCGGCAUCUGAACACUAUCUCGUGAUUCCCAAAGCACAUCUAGAGAGUAUACGCGACCUCAGGAAGAAUGACGUUCAUAUCGUCAAGGACCUCUGGGAAAUGGGCGAACGUUAUUUCGACACUAAGAACGUCCCAAAGGAACAGAGAAGGUUCGGAUUUCACAUUCCUCCAUUUACGUCGGUGGAUCAUCUGCACCUCCACUGCUUCGUCCUUCCAUUCAAGGAUAUGAUUCGAGAGCACAAGUAUCGGGCUACGCGGAGGAAUAACAGCGUGUACGUAAAGGGUUGGGGUUGGUUUAUUGAGGUCGAGCAAACAAUUCAUGUGCUCGAAAGAGGAGGCAGGGUCGGGUUUGCUCCUUGCUAA